AUGGAAAAAGAAAUGAUUCAUGAAAUGUUUUGCCGAUUCUUAUCAAAAUAUAAAAUUAAAUGUACUUCAUAUAUUGGAGAUGGUGAUGCUAAAGUUCAUAGUUUUCUAACAAGUAAUCCUCCAUAUCCUGGUGUUACUAUAAAAGAACUUGAAGGAUAUUAUUCUGCUGAGUGUUUUAGUCGUCUUAAUUCGAUGAGAAAAUGUUCCAAUUUAAAAGUAACAAACAGACGCAAGAAAAGAACAACUGCUGCUGCUAAUAAUUCUUCCAUUGAAAGUGAUGAUGAAAUGUUAUUAAUGCUUAAUGAUAAAAAUUCUGUUAAUAUUACUCAAGAUUUAAUAGGAUUAGAACUAAUAGAUGAUGAUACGAGUACUGACUAUGAACCUGGAUAA